AUGUCGCUAUCAGGGCUCCGAAAACAAUUUAAUAAAGCAAAUCAGUACUUGUCCGAGACUAUGGGUGCUGCUGAAGCAACGAAACUUGAUGACCAGUACAAUAAUAUGGAGAAGAAUAUCGAUUUAACGUAUGAGCUCAUCAGUGCUCUCGUUGCCGGAACAAACGAGUACUUACAACCUAACCCUGCAACUCGAGCAAAAAUGGCAACGAUGGGUGCUAUUUCAAAAGUGCGCGGUACAGUUAAAGCGGAACCCUAUCCACAAACUGAAGGAAUGUUGUCUGAAAUUAUGCAUAAAUAUGGAUCUGCUCUUGGAGACUCGAGUGAUCUCGGGAAGGCGCUACUCGAUGCUGCUGAGGCUUAUCGUCAUAUGGCCGACAUCAAAUAUCAGAUGGAGGAAAACGUGAAACAGAACUUCAUUGAUCCCCUGACACAUCUGCAAAAUAACGAGUUGAAAGAUGUAAACCAUCAUCGAACAAAGCUGAAGGGACGUCGUCUGGACUAUGACUGCAAAAAGCGGCAGCAACGGCGAGAUGAGGAAAUGAUCCAAGCUGAGGAGAAGUUAGAGGAGUCCAAACGACUUGCUGAGAUGGCAAUGUUUAAUGUUCUUAGCAACGAUGUGGAACAAGUUUCACAGCUGCGUGCUCUUGUCGACGCUCAGUUAGACUUUCAUCGGCAAACUGUGCAAAUACUUGAGGGCCUACAAGCGCAACUCGCUGUAAGGCACGUUAAAUCGGUCAUUUUUUCCUUUUUGACAUUGGUAUUUCUAUGUGUUCUAUGUGAUUGUAGUCCCUUGAGAGUAUCACCUGCCACAGAUAGCAUAUCGAUGUCAGAACAAUCACAAAGUGGAUUUGAACAUCCGCCACCUUAUUCGAAUGGUGGAACAUCUCAUACUUCUGGAUCAAACACUAAUAUGUCGCAGACUCAACAACAAAAACCAUCUGCCAAGGCUCUAUUUGACUUUGAGGUGCAGAAUGAAGGAGAACUAAACCUGAAAGAAGGUCAAGUAGUCGAGCUUAUCUCACAGGUGGAUGAGAACUGGUUUGAGGGUCGGUUAAAUGGGAAGUGUGGUCUGUUUCCGGUUUCGUACGUCCAAGUUUUAAUUCCACUAAGGUAA